AGCAGCUCUCAUUGGAUGAAUACAGUGGACAUCGUGAGUCCAUUGGCUGGCAGCGGGAAGGCUGAUUUCCCACUCGCAAAGGCUGCCCGCGGCGCGCUCUCGUUGGUGAAGGUGAGCGGGCAGGGUUGUUCCGAUUGGCGGAGAGCAGAGGACCCGCCCCUCCCUGCGCGGGGCCGCGGGCGCGGGGCCGGCUGUCGCGGCGGCCGGCUGUCGCGGCGAGCGCAGUCGGUGUCCGUUGGUGGCCGGUGCGGCAUGGCGGGGUCGGCGCUCCUGUGUGCGGCGGUGCUGCUGCUGCUGCUGGCGGCCGGCGGGGCCAUCCCGCCGCCGGAGGAGGCUGCGCGCAUGGCGCGUUUCGUCCUGCACAACUGCGACUGGGGCGCGUUGGCCACUCUCUCGGCGCAGGACGGGCUGCGCGGCCGCCCCUUCGCCAACAUCUUUUCCCUCAGCGACGGGCCCCCGGGGCCGUUCAGCGGCAGCGGCGUCCCCUACCUUUACCUGACCGACAUGGAGAUCUCCGUGCAGGACUUGGAGAUCAAUUCAAAUGCCUCCUUAACUGUGUCUUUGGCACAGACUCCUUACUGCAAGAAGCACAGAUAUGAUCCCCAAAACCCGCUCUGUGCUCACAUAAUCUUCUGUGGGAGUAUUGUAAAGGUGAAUGAUUCAGAAGCAGGCUUAGCGAAAAAAGCAUUAUUCAGUCGCCAUCCUGAAAUGGAAACUUGGCCCAAGGAUCAUAAUUGGUUCUUUGCCAAAUUCAACAUCACCAAUAUUUGGGUCCUGGACUACUUUGGUGGAUUGAAAAUUGUGACGCCAGAAGAAUAUUACAGCGUCAAGCCUUAGUGGAAGAAGAUCCUUGGUGAUGCUGAUGUACAAAUAAAUUACUUUGGCUGUUUCACGGAAGAUUUAUUUUUUAUAUGUAUUGUAGAGCUGAAUUAAUAAUGCAAAAAAUCAAAAACUUUGCAUUGUUAAUGAGCUUGUAUAGUUCUACUGAAGCAAAUGUAAAUUCUCACUAACACAGUUUUAAACAUGUCAUACUCAAAAAUCUUUGUGCAUAAGCCAUAACUAAAUUUUACUCAUUAAACAUGAUUUGGGAAAGAUCUCUCUCUGUUGGCAAUCUGCUCUCAGAAACACUGUUUACUGGAAACUGAAGGAUUAGUCCAGUUCUAAACCUUUCAAUGCCUUAGUUAAGUAAUACCUGUCUGUAAGCACUCUCCAAUUUUAUUUUUAAUACCAGUUUAGUUUAGAUCUUUAUGGCAAAAUGCUACAGGAUGGCUCAGCUGACUAUGGAAUGGAAAACAUUGCUUGUAUUACAAUGGCAAAUGAUAUGUAUAAAAAGUUCCCAGAUUCUGUUAAGAAAAAUUUUUUUGCAUGCUAGUACACUCACUCCUUGGAGCCAUUUUUCUAUUUUGCUACCUACAUUGAAUGUGCUAUGGAAUAUAAUUGUGUUUAUGCAAACUGUACAUAUACCUCAUAAGACCUUGGUAACUCUUCAGCUGGCAGUGGUUAUGUGCCUUGACUCUUUAAUAGAAGCAAGGUGGCAAUACCUAAAGAAGUAUCUGACUUCAUAGGAGUAGUGGUUUGUAAAUUCAGUGAUAAUGUUACAAAGGGUAUGUGUGUUCUGAUCAGGAUUUUGAAGUCUUCAGCUUUGUUAGUCUGAUGAAGUUGCAAUGUAUCAGCUUUUAUUACCCUCAACAGUAGAACCGAGCAGAUACUUGGUUUUGGAAGCCUUACACAGCAAUUUUGGGUUAGUAAUGCAGAAGUGAGAAAGAAGCAAUACAGUAUGACACAGAUGACUCAUGACUUGUAGAGAAUGAAAAGUGAUGAAAGGUGUGCAUUAUUAAUUGUGUUAAAAUAAGCCACACAUAACCAUAAAAAAAUAAAUUAACAUUUUUUAUAUCCUCUCAUCUCCCAUGUGUUAAGUUCACAAAUAUUCAAAAGCGAUUAUGAACAAUUAAGUUGACUUUACAAUGAGCAAAUAUUACCUAGUUGACAGAGUAAAGAAUGUGAGAAUUUAGAUUCCUUAGAGGCAGAUCCAUAUACGGUACAGUGGAAUUCAUCAUAUCAAAUGAUCUCUACAUCUUAACGUUGUAUUAUAUCACUAUUUUUCUGAGAUACUUUCAAAAAAAUCAUUCUAGUAUUUUUGAUGUAACUUACUAAGUUUUCUUUUUCUGCAAGGGGGGGAAAAGGUAGUUGUUACUGUAUCAAAUCCAUGCUGUUCUACUGUUUGAAGAUUUAGAAUCAGGAAAGUAUAAUAUUGAAAUAAUUUAUGUUGACUAGAUAACACUGACAUAAAGUAUGAAAUGGGAAAAUACUUUUAUAAGAGGCAUUUCAGUUGUGACAUCCGCAUGAUCCUCUGGCAUGGACUUGAUCUUUACCAUGGGGACACCUGAAUGCAUUACGUGUUACUUGAUAACUUCUGAUGUGUGAGACUGAUGUUGCUGAGCUUUUGUUCAAAUUAAAAUAUUUUUUGACAA